AUGGAUAAUGAACCUAGUGAAGUAGUGUUCGCGAUAACAUCAUCACCGACUGAAUCAGGUGUUGUAUUUCGCUAUGGCCAACGCUCGGUCAAGGUCCCCGCUCCCCGCAAGAGGGGACGACCGACAGGAUCAACUAAGAGAAAACGGGCCGAUACCAAUUCUGAUAGCCUGAAACGGAAAGGCCAUGAACUAUUUGAAUUCAUCAAUCUGGGAAGUAACUCGACUGGCAUUGAUUGUGAUACACGUAAAACUAUCAGAAAAAGGGUGAUGUUCCACCACACACACCAUGACCAGAAGCGCAAAGGGGUCUCUAUUGAAGAUGAAAAACAAAGCAUACGGACUAAGAGAGUUCUUUCCUCGGAAGUGAUACCCCCGCAAUUUGGCCGCGUGGAUCCUUUCAACAUGCUAUCGAUUGAGUUUGAGCCAUAUAUGCAUGAUCUACUUUCCUUGUAUAUUACUACCAUUUGGGAGACGCUCUACUCAAUCGAGAAGAGGAGUGGAUGCAACCCAAUGGUCAACUAUUGGUUACCGUUGGCAUUUAAUGAUCCAGCUCUGCUGCAUGGUCUUAUGGGAUGUGCUGCAUCGUUUGUGAUGACAACUAACUGGCCUCGCGGGUAUCCCUUAUUUGCCAGACACUUAAAUGAAGCUAUAGCCAUCGUCAAUCAGAGGAUGGCAAAUUUGACGGAUUCGGCCGCCGAUGAAACCUUGGUUGUCGUUGCUAGUAUCGCUAUGAUGAAGAAGAUGCUAGGGUUCCACGACGAAUGGAAUGUUCAUAUGCAAGGCUUAAAAACCCUUGUUGAUUUACGAGGCGGUUUAGACAGCCUAAACCACAAGCCGCUUAUCCAGAGCAAGAUCUAUCGGCAAGUUUCGAUAUGA